AUGUUAAAUGUACAUCAUUGGAACAAACACUCUAUGUUACAACCAGUACAAUCACCAAAAUUAGAAGUGCCCCUCAUGUCAGCGAGUGAAAAUGCUCAGCCGAGUGAAAAUUUUGGAUGGGAUCUGGCAAAUAAAACCGAUCGAAAUCUUCAUUGUUGUCGUUGCACAAAGAAUAAUCGAAAAGCUUUAACAGGACCUCUAUCAAUAGAACAACUGCGACCUCGAUCAUCCCAACCAAUGACCCGAGAUCCUCUCCCAUUAACGAUGGUAUCAACUGCUGAAAUUCUUGACUCAUCUGAACAUUCUGACGUUGAACAUUUACUUGAACACUUCGACAAACGCCUUGACGCCUUACACAACGAAAUUGAUGAAUUAAAUAGACAAAUGACUUAUCUCAGACAGCGUUCAGCUAACACUCGGCAAGAUCAGCAGGAAUAA